AUGAAUUCUGCUAAAGUUAAAGCAAAAAGAGAUGAAGGUUGUUGUAGUGGUUUCGGUACUUUCCAAGAAAUAUACCCACAAAAUUUAUAUGGUGUUAUGGAACCAAACGAAUUUGAAACUACUAUUAGAACUUUAAAUUCAAAAACUGAAACUAAAAUGCCAAAGAAAUUGUUUUUUUGCUUUAUUCCUGUCCUUAUUGGUGUUAUUUUAUGCAUUGCUGGUUUUGCCAAGUUUGCAUCAGCAGACCCAAGUAAUCAAGAUACUUAUGAUUCAAAUGGCCCAGUUUUUAUUGGUAUCGGUAUAGCCUUUACUUUCGUUGGUUGCAUUGCUUUUGGUAUUGGCAUGUGUAUUUUCCAAAAAGGAGUUACAAAUAAAAUUAAAAAAGAAUUAACAGUCAUUAAUAAGCAUUAUGCUUCAAGAAGAAUUAAAUGGACUUUAGAAACUGAAAUUGUUGAAGAAUAUGUUGAUCCACAUGAAUACGAAGUACAUAAAAAUAACAAAGCUUACCGAAAUGGUAUUGUCUAUGAUAAAAACGGUCGUCCAAUGAAACGUACUACUGUUUACUUUAUUUUAAUUGUAUUCCCA